AUGGCUCUUAAACGAUUUCACACCAAAUCCCGUCUGGGGUGCAGUCAGUGCAAGAGUCGCAGGAUCAAAUGCGAUGAGACGCCGCCUUGCUGCGGAAACUGUGCCAAAAAGGGCAUCGAAUGCGACUACCAAGACCUCCAGCCUGCUAUUGACAACCUCCAACUCUUCACGCCAGCGACCUUCCCCGCCAGCCUGCAACGACCGAGAAAGGCAUCCUCACCCGGAUCGGUGUCGUCUUCGAGCAUUUCCUCGCGGACGUCCAAGACAUCGAAGGCGUCCAGAACAUCCAGGUCGACGGGGUUGUCUGGUCUGUCUGGAGUUUCGGCAGUUAGUGGAACGGCAUUCAGUCUACAGGACUUGGGUCUGCUUCAUCAUUUCACGGUACAGACGGCUCAGACACUACCCGCAUUCGACUGCGAGCAAUACCGCAUCAUCUGGCAGCAUGAAGUCCCGCGGCUCGCUCAAACCCAUGGGUUCCUCAUGCACGCCGUCAUCGGCUUCGCGGCAGCACACCAAGCAACAGUGAGCCACGAGCAAUCGAGUAGAGAUGCAGCACGCCAUCAUUAUGUCGAAGCACUCAAGGCUUUCCGCAACCAAGUCGAAGCGAUCACCACGGACAAGGCUGAUGCUCUGCUAUGCUUCUCCAUCCUCGUCUGCUUCCUCACGCUGUACUUCGAAUCCGAGAAGCCACCCGAAGCGCGAGACCCAAUCACCGAAUUCAUCAGUCUCAUGCACACCAUUCACAGCUCCAUCGGACUUCUUUUCCAAAUCCGUGAUACCCUACAGACCAGCACUAUCGGCUACCUGCUACAGCACACGUGGAACCGACAACAUCAUGCUAUCGCCCCAGAAGUCAACGACUCGAUCACGAUGUUGGAGGGCCUAGCUUUACAACACGCUGACCAUCCCUCCCCUGUACUCGAUUCGUCCGGCACGGGCGAGGCCAUCAGCAAGCUGCGCCGUUUUUACACUCUUUCCAGCCCCAGACCGGUUGACUGGGUCCACAUCCUGUCAUGGCCCAUAUCUCUGGACCCAGACUUUUCGUUGCUACUGGAGGCACGGAACCCUGUUGCACUCUGUACCUUGGCACAUUGGUGUGUUCCUGCUUGCAACGCGCCUACCAAAUGGUGGGUGGGAGACUUCUUCAACGGGCUUCUGUCGGCCAUAGCUCUGCAUCUCGCCGGGACCGAGUUUGACGACGCCAUGGCGUGGCCCGUCAGUGAGACUUUGAACUUGGCAGCCAUCGACCCCAAUCUUUGA